AUGCUGAGACGGCAGCCGACAUGGGUAUAUAUUUGGGAUCAGGUUAAGGUUAGCCAUACGAGGUUGGACCGCGCGUACCUGGAUUACAUCAACGAGAUAGACGCGCUCACGGCUCAUAGUGUAAAUUGGCAGCCUUACGAAGGAGAGGACGCACUUCCUUUUACCCUUAGCUUCAUGUGUGGGUUGGACGACGAUCUUUACAUGAUGAAGUGUCCUCUCAUAUGCUUCUAUGCUAUCGAGUACCACCUGCCAGAUCGAGUAGCACGACAGUUUGGGAUGAGGCAGAUUUGGCUACCACCGGCGACCUCGACUAGUGUGGAGCUACAUAGCGUGGAUCGUAAGAAGAAACGGAAGGUCUCUGAGUGGGCCGCGUUCCACCAGGCGUACAUUGACGAUUGGGAGAACUUCGAUGAAAACGUGGACGAGAACGACGAGCCGCACACAAACAGUGAGUACAGGCAAUACCAGACUUGGUACCAAGGGCCGUACCCUCCAAAGCUCGGUUAG